AUGGAAGGACAAUCUCCGCUGUCGCUGGCCCUUCAGCACCUCGCUGCGAUGCAGGAGAGCACCUCCAAGCUGCAGCAGCAGCAGUCCCAGCUCCUCGCGGACAUUGCGGCGUCACAGCGGGACGAUCGUGCUCUCCUGCGGGAGCUGCUGCAACGCCCGGCUGCCCACGGCGCCGACCCGGAGCCCGGUCGAGGACGGUCUCCGGCCGUCGCCCUGCAGCGGAUGACCGCGGAAGAUGACCCGGAGGCAUACCUGGACAUCUUCGAGGGCACGGCGGAGGCGUGUGGGUGGCCGGAGGAGGAGAGAGCGCUUCGGCUUCUUCCCCUGCUCACCGGCGUGGCGCAGCUGGCCGCGCACAGCCUGCCGGCGGCCGCGCGCCACGACUACACACAGCUGAGGAGAGUCAUCCUGGACCGGCUGGGCAGUACGUCGGAGGGACACCGGCGGCGGUUCAGGGGGCUCUCCUUUGAAGAAGCCGGGCGCCCCUUUGCAUACGCGCAGCAGCUCCUGGACGCAGCGAGGCGCUGGCUCCAGCCGGGGACCCACUCCGCUGAGGACGUCGUUGGACAGGUGGCGCUGGAGCAGUUCAUCGCUGGGUUACCAUCGUCCACAGCCAAUUGGGUCCAGUGCCACCGCCCGGCCAACAUCGGGGCAGCGAUCGUCCUCGCGGAGGACCAUCUCUCUCUUCCCCGGCGGAGCAUGAGGGAGGAGACCAGGCCAGCGACGAUCCCUGCCAGCCGUCCCACUCCAGCCCCGAGGAGGAGGUUCCCAGCGGCAUCAGCUCCUGCACCACACCCACACACACACACACACACACAGCCGGAGCAUGCAUCGCUCCGGUCGUCUAAUUACCCUCUGCCGUCUUUCCCUCAGGGCCCAGCCUACGCGUCUGAUCACCUGGCACCCCGGGGGGCUCCUCAGACGCCAGGGCAGGUGUGCUGGCGGUGUGGGCAGCCCGGCCACAUCAGAGCGGAGUGCCCGCUCAUGGAAGUGGGGCAAGUGGUUCGGGUUGCCGGGCCGCCGGCCCCCUCCCCCGGUUCGAAAGGGACGUACCGUAUACCGUGGUGA